UGUAUCUUCUUUGCGUGGCUGCUUUCCCUGCGAGUGCUACUCUUUCUUUUAUGAUCUCUUUCUUUGUUGCUGUCCUUGUAUUCGCCUACUUUCUACUUCGAUAAAGCGUCGGCUCCUGAGGUCAUCGCACACGUCGGUCCAGUUGAUGAGAGAGAGAGAGAGAGAGAGAGAGAGAGACCUUCUUUAUUUGCUCCUGUCAUCCUAUCUCAAUGUUCUCUUCUUGUCGAAGUUGCUCAUAAGAAGCCUGCAUAAGACUACUAAUCAUGCCUUCGUCGCCACAUCAAUUCGACUAAGCUUUCUCUCAUGUCCUUCUUGAUCAAACGCAACAAGCAUGCGCGCGUUGCCCAACAAAAGGCACGUCGAAUGAUCCUCCAUUAAACCCGCUCUCGUGGACACAAUUAUUCCACCCUUCCCUCAUCUCCUUCGCCCUUUUACCCCACACUCGCCUCUCUCAUCCCUAUUUAAACACUCCUCUAUGCCUCGUCUUCCCCAUAGACAUACUCUCGUCUCUCACUCUUGGAUACUGUGUUGUAUUAGAAAUAUACAGAUGAGGACUAUGAUAGACUUGGGGAGCCAGAGAGACUCUCUCUACAUCAUCGACACGGCAACUGCCGUCGACUGCACCAAGGACGUCCGCUUCCGGCGAUCUUUCCGAAGCCUCAUCGAGUGCGUGGUUCCAUGCUGUGGCUUCCAGCUGUCGUCCAACACUUCUGAUGUUCCAGACUCUCAUUCCACCGGCGGCGGUUCCACCCCUCCAACCACCACCGUCACCGGCACCUUCUAUGGGCACCGCCGCGGUCACGUCAGGUUCUGCCUGCACGACAGCUCCCGGACCUCCCCCAUCCUUCUGCUGGAGUUCACCAUCCCCACCGCCUGCCUCGCCAGGGAGAUGCGGCAUGGGCUACUGCGCGUGGGGCUCGAAUGCGACCGGAAUCGUGCUCGGUGCUCGUCGCUGUUCGGCGUGCCGGUGUGGUCGGUUUACUGCAACGGGCGCAAGGUAGGGUUCGCCAUCCGGCGUCGGAUGAGCGAAGGCGACGCCGCCAUCUUGAAGCUAAUGAGGGCCAUAUCGGUCGGAACAGGCGUUCUUCCUGGUGCGUCCAAGAUGGGUGAAGGAGACAUUCUGUACCUGAGGGCAAGCUUUGAGAGGGUGAUUGGUUCGAUCAAUUCGGAGUCGUUUCAUAUGAUCAAUCCGGUGGGCUGCACCGGGCAGCAGCUAAGCAUCUUUCUUGUGAGAAGUUAGACCAUCUACAAUCUGCGUAUUCUGUAACUCUCAGUAAAAUACAUGUUAGAUAAUGGAGACAUAUGUCUAGAUGUCGAUGUCUGUAGGCCUAUUGACUUGUCUUAUCAUCGAAGCGCGGGCUGGUCAUUCUGUGCGUCAUCGUUGACGCUCGUCAGCAGGUGUCAGCUGGGCAUGGCAUUCACCAACCAUUCAUGAUCACUCUCUGGACGCAGCAGGAGAUCGGAGUUCGUAAAAGCACGGAGGUGCCGAGGCCCCUUAACGCCGUCAGAGCAAGACGACGAAGCACGCAGGCAUGCAUGCAUGGGAUAACGCUGUUUCCAAGACAAGACGCAUGGAUUGUUUGGCUGCCGGCGUAUAAAUCUCUGCUUUCUGCAGACGACGAAUCAUAGCCUGUGCGUCCCAUAAUGCGUGUUCUCCUCGUGCUGUGUGCAUUCUCAAAGGAUGCAGAAAGGGCUGACGCACG